AUGACGAACCUCAUGCAGAAACUGCGAAGGAAGCGGAAGCUAUCAUCCGAAUUGCACUCACGAUGGGGCGACAUAUCUAUCACCUAUCCCAACGGCGGCUCUUGGAACCAGUGGGAUCAAGCGAGUGUGGGCGCCCGCACGUCUGAUGGAGACCGCGAACGGCGACAGAACUCACUCGAGCCUGGUAGAUGCGCCAGCUCGCCUCGCAUAGGAGCUUCGGGACAGCCAGCCGGCAGAGAUGGGCGAGCACAAUCCGUUGAUUCAGCCAUGACCAUUCCCACAGGCCACUACGAUGCGCGAGUGGGUAAUCGCACCAGGCAGAAGCAACAUUCGUAUGAAUCAAACGUUGUUCACCCGCCGAGUGCCUGGUAUCAUUCGUGCUCCGACGAUGGCUCGAUGGAGGAGACAGAAGGGGCAACCGUUCCAUCACCGCACAAUGUAUCGAACGGGCGACACCAGCCUUCCUCCGGUCGACCCAGUUUGUACGAGGAUUCUGAACUCUACUCGCGAGCGUCCAAGUCGCCCCCAUUGUCUGUCACGUCGCGUAUGCGCGGAUGUAGUGUCCAGGGGUAUUUGGCAGAGUCUCCAGUGUCGAUGCCAGGGACGGUCGGAUCGAGACAUAACAGCUAUACUUCCUCAGUUCCCUCGAAUCCGUCCGAGGAUCAGCGGAUUCCGGGGAUUAUCCCACCAUCCUCUACGCUGGCAGAGCGGAGGGCUAGCCGACGAUCUAAGCAGGAGCUUCCCCGAGCACAGGAGAUGGUUCCAUCUUACGAUGAGCUGUAUGGGUAA